UCGGCUGCUGGGCCUCGUCCCCUUCUCUCUGUCUCCCUCUCUUCCCCUACCACGUCCCCCGACACCGACACCCCRUUACUCCGCGGUCUCCUCAGUCUCAGCCUCGGUCUUCAACCCCGUCCGCCCGAGGAUUUGCCUGCAGGCYGCCCCUGACUCUUGUGCCCGCCCACCACUGAGGGCCAUCGAGGACCAUGACUAAGACAGAUCCUGCCCCGAUGGCCCCUCCACCCCGAGGAGAGGAGGAAGAAGAGGAGGAAGAGGAUGAGCCCGUCCCCGAAGCCCCCAGCCCCACCCAGGAGCGCCGGCAGAAGCCUGUUGUGCAUCCAUCGGCACCUGCACCCCUCCCCAAGGACUACGCCUUCACCUUCUUCGAUCCCAAUGACCCUGCAUGCCAGGAGAUUCUGUUUGACCCUCAGACCACCAUUCCAGAGUUGUUCGCCAUCGUGCGUCAGUGGGUGCCCCAAGUCCAGCACAAGAUAGAUGUCAUCGGCAAUGAGAUUCUGCGUCGAGGCUGCCACGUGAAUGAUCGUGAUGGGCUGACUGACAUGACGCUGCUCCAUUAUGCAUGCAAGGCUGGGGCUCAUGGAGUCGGGGACCCUGCGGCGGCCGUGCGUCUCUCCCAGCAGCUGCUGGCGCUGGGCGCCGAUGUUACCCUGCGCAGUCGCUGGACCAAUAUGAACGCUCUUCACUACGCUGCCUAUUUUGACGUGCCCGACCUGGUACGGGUGCUGCUGAAGGGCGCACGGCCACGCGUAGUGAACUCCACGUGCAGUGACUUCAACCACGGCUCAGCCCUGCACAUCGCUGCCUCCAACCUGUGCCUGGGCGCGGCCAAAUGUUUGCUGGAGCAUGGCGCCAACCCAGCGCUGAGGAAUCGGAAGGGGCAGGUGCCAGCUGAGGUGGUCCCAGACCCUAUGGACAUGUCCCUGGACAAGGCAGAGGCUGCGCUGGUGGCCAAAGAGCUGCGAACGCUGCUGGAAGAGGCUGUACCACUAUCGUGUGCCCUCCCCAAGGUGACACUACCCAACUAUGACAACGUCCCAGGCAAUCUCAUGCUCAGCGCAUUGGGCCUGCGUCUAGGAGACCGUGUUCUGCUGGAUGGUCAGAAGACCGGCACACUGCGGUUCUGCGGGACCACGGAGUUUGCCAGCGGCCAGUGGGUGGGCGUGGAGCUGGAUGAACCCGAGGGCAAGAAUGAUGGCAGUGUUGGGGGUGUCCGGUACUUCAUCUGCCCUCCCAAGCAAGGUCUUUUUGCCUCUGUGUCCAAGAUCUCCAAAGCAGUGGAUGCACCCCCCUCGUCUGUCACCUCCACGCCCCGGACUCCCCGGAUGGACUUCUCCCGUGUUACUGGCAAAGGCCGAAGGGAACACAAAGGCAAGAAGAAGUCCCCAUCGUCCCCAUCUCUGGGCAGCCUGCAGCAGCGUGAGGGGGCCAAGGCUGAAGUUGGAGACCAAGUCCUUGUGGCAGGCCAGAAGCAGGGGAUUGURCGCUUUUAUGGAAAGACAGACUUUGCUCCAGGUUACUGGUAUGGCAUUGAGCUGGACCAGCCCACAGGCAAGCACGAUGGCUCUGUCUUUGGUGUCCGGUACUUCACCUGCCCCCCAAGGCAUGGAGUCUUUGCACCAGCAUCCCGCAUUCAGAGGAUUGGUGGGUCUACGGAUCCCCCUGGGGACAGUGUUGGAGCCAAAAAAGUACAUCAAGUGACAAUGACACAGCCCAAACGCACCUUCACGACAGUCCGGACUCCAAAGGACAUUGCGUCAGAGAACUCUAUCUCCAGGUUGCUCUUCUGCUGCUGGUUUCCAUGGAUGCUGAGGGCAGAGAUGCAGUCUUAGAGGCCCUGGAUACCUGACAGAGACAAAGAAGUACCUUCUAGCAUCUCCYGACACAAGGAGCCCCCAGUCACCCUGAGAUAGAGAUUCCCAGUAACACAUCCAGAAUAGAGACCCCCCAUUAGCCAGCCCUCAAUCACUGAGGUCCCAUUAUUAACAGAUCCCCAUGAUAACCUGCCCCCYAAAUACAGACCCCAUAUCACCCAGAAAAAGAUUCCCUAAGUAGCACCUUCAGGCUAGUCCCUAUCCCAGCCCCUCAGAGCAGAACCCUAAUUAACAGAUUUCUGCAUCACCCCAAAUUAUGGUUGAUCCUUUCCAUAUAAUGUUCCAUAACAGGACAUUCUGAGUCACUCAUCAGUGGAUCAGAAACUCCCCCAUUAACAAAGACUCUCCCUGAUUCUCCUUGUAAUAAACAUAGGUCACAACUCCAGAG